AUGGUCUCGCGGCGCAACCGGACCUUGCUGUCCUUGGCAAUCUUCCUCGGGGUGCUGGGAUGGAACGUGGCAGCUGCAGCCGUCAAGGGCGAGACCGGCGUGCCAGUAGGCAACCUGAGCGCCCAUGAAAUUGAAGAGCAAUUGCAGGAGUGUCCCCUUGUGCAAGCUCUCAACCAGCACAAGGCAGCCUCGAACCCGACCACGUCCUCCCUCACCUCCCAGAUCUUCGCCUUCCUGUUCCCUGGCAGCCCUGCAGUCAAUGCCCUGCUAGCGACGCUCUACAUCUCGGGCCCGCCAAACUUCCUCCUCGCACUAUGUCCGCCCAACAUAGACCCCUCCUCGCUCUCCGUCAUGGUCGCAUUCGCUGUAGGCGGACUUCUGGGUGAUACCCUCUUCCACCUGCUCCCUGAGAUCUUCUUGGGCGAGGAAGAGCACGACUCGGUCAAGUUCGUCAUGGUCGAACCCAACAAGAACCUGUUGCUGGGCGUAGCUAUCAUGGUCGGCUUCAUCACCUUCGUGGCCAUGGACAAGGGACUUCGAAUUGCGACGGGAGGCCAGGGCGGACACGACCACUCGCAUGGGCACUCGCACGACAAAGUUGAGGCUUCCGCGAAGACAACAGGCGUCGACGUCGGCAGCUCCAAAGAUGGUGUGCGCUCCAGGAAAUCUGGCACAAACGGCACAUCGUCUGUCGUAGAGACAGCAGAGAAAGAGAUCAACGCCAGUGUCAAGCUUGGUGGUUACCUCAACCUCAUUGCAGACUUCACCCACAACAUCACCGACGGUCUGGCCCUCAGCUCCUCAUUCUACGCCUCGCCUACGAUUGGUGCUACUACGACUGUGGCUGUCUUCUUCCAUGAGAUCCCCCACGAGGUCGGCGACUUCGCUCUCCUCAUACAGUCUGGCUUCAGCAAGCGAGCCGCUAUGGGGGCUCAAUUCGUUACCGCCGUCGGCGCUUUCUUAGGAACUUGCAUUGGCAUUGCUGUCCAAGAAUUUGGAGGCAGCUCCGCCUCUGCUGACAUCCAAGGUCCUGGCAUUAUGGGCACUAGUCUGCAGUGGGGUGACAUGCUACUACCAUUUACUGCUGGUACUUUCCUCUAUGUCGGCACUGUUGCUGUUAUUCCUGAGCUCCUCGAGACCGGUCCGAACAAAGGCCAAGAGCUCAGGAAGACUCUGAUGCAAUUCGCCGCCAUGUUCACUGGCGCCGGUAUCAUGUUGUACAUUUCAUGGAAUUAG